AUGUCUGAAAAUUUAAAACAUCUGAUAAAUAAUUAUAAUAAUAAUAGUAAUAAUAAUAAUAAUAAUAAUACAAGAGAUAAUAAUAUGCAUAUUGAAAAUAAUGACCAUUAUCCAUCAUCACAACCGUGGCGUGAAACAAUGCAACAAGAUUUAUUUAAUCAUCAUCAUACUGGGAGUUUCAUUUCACCAUGGCGAGAUCGCGAUCAACAAUCAUUUACAGAUUUACACGAUUCACUGAGAAUGUUACCUCCAACAUUUUACGAUCCAACCGGUCAUCAUCAUACACAUUACGAUAAUUCAUCAUCAACUGUUCCAUCAUCUGCAUCAUGUUAUUCAACAACAUCAGAUCCACUCGAUCCUCUCUCUCAACAUCAUUACAAUUAUCCAUCUUAUGCGCAUCAUUCAUUAAUCAAACCCGAACCUCCUCAAUCAUCAAUAUCUCCUACAACUGCAAUAACGCUACCAACACCAAUGAAUGUCAAUGUUUCAAUGAAUUUCAACUCACACAGUGUUCAAUAUACCAGUUAUCCAAGUAGUUUUGGUUUUACAAACCCCAGUACGCCAAGUUUGCAAUAUGAUCAAUUUUAUAGACACCACCAUCAUCAUCAUGGAGCCGAUGUCAAACAUCCAUUAUUACAGCAAUCAGCUGCAGAUGCUACAAAACAAAUGUUUCUAUCUUCGGUUGGAGCUGGCUAUGAUUACAAAGAUAUUUCAAAACUUUGCGAUUUGUUUCCGACAUCAGAGAAGCGAGGAUCAUGGUUGUCUCAUCAAAAAUCAAAUAAAGUAACAGAAGGUCGAAUAAAUCGGUGUCGAAUUUGUGGAAAAAUAUACGCAAGACCAAGCACAUUAAAAACACACAUGAGAACACAUUCGGGGGAAAAGCCGUACAAAUGCGAUAAAUGUUCCAAGGCGUUCACGCAAGCAGCAAAUCUUACCGCACAUUUAAGAACACAUUCUGGUGAAAAACCAUUUUCAUGUGAUAUAUGCCAUCGGAAAUUUUCUCAAAGUUCAUCUGUUACAACACACAUGAGAACACAUUCGGGCGAAAGACCGUAUCAAUGUCGUUUUUGUCGAAAAGCAUUUAGUGAUAGCUCAACAUUAACGAAACAUACACGUGUUCAUAGUGGAGAAAAACCUUAUGAAUGUGAAUUAUGUCGUCUACGCUUUUCACAAUCGGGAAAUUUGAAUAGGCAUUUGAGAAUACAUAUGAACUCACAAACAAAAAAUUAA